AUAAAGCUGCAGUGGAGGGGGCAGCCGGAGCCUGGCCUGCCGGGUCCUCUUUCCUCAUCCCCAGCCAGAACUGCUGACAGCUGCUUGGGACUCUGCCGCCAGGGCCUGGCCAGACCCACAGGCUCCCUGCAGUCGCUCCGUGACUCCUGAGCCACAGCCUCUAAUGGCCCAGAAAGACGAGGCCACGGAGGCCGCAGCCGCUGCUGCGCCAGCCUCUCAGAAUGGGGAGGAGGACCUGGACGACCUGGCGGACCCUGAGAAGCUGAAGGAGCUCAUCGAGCUGCCUCCCUUUGAGAUCGUCAAGGGGGAACGACUGCCUGUCAACUUCUUUAAGUUUCAGUUCCGGAACGUGGAGUACAGCUCUGGGCGGAACAAGACCUUCCUCUGCUAUGUGGUGGAAGUGCAGAGCAAGGGAGGCCAGGUGCAGGCUUCCCGGGGCUACCUGGAGGACGAGCACGCCGCUGCCCACGCAGAGGAAGCCUUCUUCAACACCGUCCUGCCGGCCUUCGACCCAGCCCUGCGGUACAACGUCACCUGGUACGUGUCCUCCAGCCCCUGCGCAGCCUGUGCUGACCGCAUCAUCAAAACCCUCGGCAAGACCAAGAACCUGCGCCUGCUCAUUCUGGUCGGGCGACUGUUCAUGUGGGAGGAGCCGGAGAUCCAAGCCGCGCUGAGGAAGCUCAAGGAGGCUGGCUGCAGACUCCGCAUCAUGAAGCCCCAGGACUUCGAGUACGUCUGGCAGAAUUUUGUGGAGCAAGAAGAGGGUGAAUCCAAGGCCUUUGAGCCCUGGGAGGACAUUCAGGAGAACUUCCUAUACUACGAGGAGAAGCUGGCAGACGUCCUAAAGUAGGCCCCGGCCUCGGCUCCGGUCUGCCUGCUGCCACCAACGCACCACAGGGACACGUAUGCUGCCGGGGACACGCCCGGCUUCCAGACAUCCCUGGAGCUGGACGGCACCUGACACCAACGACCCUACUGGACUAGGCGCUCCGUGGAUUCCAAACACACUUCUCACUGCGCGAUUCAUUUGGGCCGUGCCUCUCUCUAGAGCUGCUGUCGGGAAAAAGGCGAGUGAGCAGCAAAGAGAAAAGCACCAGCCUCUCAGGGGCCCAGGGUCUUCCUGACUCCCCGGUGCGGCUGCUUAGGCAGAGGCCUUAGGCCAAAGGUACAGAGCUUUGAAUAUGUCCAGAAGCGCAUUUUAUGUUCAGUUGGGCUGUUUUGUUUUUUUUUUUUAAAGAAAGAAAAACAGCAACAUCAAUAAAAGAAAUAGUGUGGUU